AUGGCAGGAACUGUCCUAGGAAAGCGCUCUCGUGCUGUGGAACCAGCAUUGCCGGUACGAACCGCGAGCAAGCGCCGAACAGUCGCUCCCCGGGUUCACCAAGAAGACACCGUCCCAACCUCAUUACGGCGAACAAGGUCAACUGUAAAGAAAGCAGUCGAACCUGACCAAGAAAAUGGCGAGAGCAAGCCAGUGUCGGAGAAUGUUUCUUCCAAACAUACCUUGCGCGAUGACCAGUUCCAAUCUCCAGUCAAGAUUAAUUCGCAUUUUACCGUCUCGAAACCGGUAGAUGAAGAAAUUGCGAAACCUAUUGAGUUCGAAUUCAAGACACCUUCGAAAUCGCGAUUCCGAGAUGAUCUCCCGCAAUCUCCCAUCACCCCUAGACAUCGAGUUCAGGUCGGAGCAAAGGCAGUAACACCGCGCACCCCUCGCCAUGCCGAUCUUCCCCCGACCCCCAGACAGAGUGCUACUCCGAAAAUUGUGAACUCAGUGUAUUCGCAAGCCAGGCAACUGUUCGCCCGAGGUUCCAAUUCCGGCCGUUUAGUGGGACGCGAUGUGGAGCGGGAAAAGUUGGUGUCUUUUAUCACAGAGGGAGUGGAGGCUCGGAAAGGAGGGUGCCUUUAUAUCAGCGGUCCCCCCGGGACUGGAAAGAGUGCCAUGGUCCAGGAAGUGUGUGCAGAUCUUGACCUUUCCAACGUCAGAGUCUCACAUGUGAACUGCGCAAGCAUGCGAAUCUCUCGUGAUGUCUACAGCAGACUGGUCCAAGAUUUCUGCGGGGACUCGGACAUGUUCAAGAAGAGUGAGGGAGAUCGGCUGAAAUCUACGUUCAUUCCAUCCAAGCAAGGGCAAGAUCUGUUUCUGGUCACUCUGGACGAAAUUGACCAUCUACUCAAUGGUGAUUCGGGGGUUUUACAGUCACUUUUCGAGUGGUCAUUGCAAAGCAAGUCCAAGCUGAUGCUGAUUGGCAUCGCUAACGCCCUUGAUUUGACUGACCGAUCUCUCCCACAGCUAAAGGCGAAGAACCUGAAGCCCCGCUUGCUGCCAUUCUUGCCGUACAGUGCUGCAUCUAUUGCAAACGUGAUGACCAAUCGUCUUCGCUCAUUGCUCCCUGCUGGGGCAGAAUCCGACCCAAAGCUUGUCCCCUUUGUUCAACCGGCCGCCAUCCAACUUUGCUCUAAGAAGGUAGCAUCGCAGACAGGCGAUCUCCGUAAGGCCUUUGAGUUGAUCAAGCGGGCAAUCGACGUCAUUGAACAGGAAACAUUCCAAAAAUUGGAUAAGCAAGCCAAGGAGGCUGAGAAUGUUUCGAUACUAGGAGAGAACACCAAUUUAUCUUCGCCUGCCAAAGCCGGCAAUGUUCCGAAGCCAACUUCCAUGUCAAGCUACACAGUCAUCACGGCACCCCGAGCCAGCAUCGCCCACAUUGCCCGAAUCACAUCCGCGGCCUUUGGUCAGGGCACCGUUCAAAGACUACAAAGUUUGAACCUGCAACAAAAAGCCGCUAUCUGCUCCCUGAUUGCACUUGAACGCAAACGUCGCCAGCUUGAGGUCCCAAGCACCCCUUCCAAGUCGCGUAAUUCGGCGCCCACUAUCAAGCAAGCAUUCGAUACAUAUUGUGCUUUAUGUCGCAAUGACAACAUUCUUCACCCCCUGACUGCCACCGAGUUCAAAGACGUUCUCAGCAAUCUGGAAACAAUGGGCUUGGUUGGGGAGUAUCAGGGUCGCGGCCGAGGCGGAACUGUUGCAGGUGGCACAGAUCUACGCCGCACACCCUCGAAAUCCGGUGCGCCUUCGACUCCUCAUAAGGCCCUUGACGAACAAGGUCUUGUCUGCUUCGUUUCCCAGCAGGAAAUCGAGGGCCAGAUUGUUGGUCCCGGUGAAGGCAUCCUUCGGCGCCUUCUUCGUGGUGAGGGACUAUAA